CAUGUCGUCAAAUACAAAUUGGUUUAAUAUAAUCAAAUUGACCGGGAUCAUUGUCACCACAAACAUCAUGUAUAUGUAUUGCCAGUAGUGGUUAAAGUCGGUCACCAGUUGGGACAGGUAGUCGUGUUGUGUCAUAUAGUCAGCCACCGAUAUCUGGAUUUGUUUGAUAUAGCGCCGACUAUGCUAUCGGUCAGGACUACCAUAAACGCCGUGAAUGUCAAUAGGGAUGCAUUUGAAGAAAAGGACAGAAAUUUAAAUCCCUUCCCAAACACAAUGAAUCCGAGUGGUGGUGGGGGACAGCCUUCAAAUCCCACUCAGGGUCCUCAGGUUCAAGACAUUCUCGCAGACCCUAUGGAUAUAGCGGGAGUGGUAGAGCAACCCAACGAUCCCUGGGCUGAGAUGGCUGAGCCCUAUCAGCGGGAUAUCGAUCCGCCGGUAAAUACAGAUAACAGGUCUGAUGACGAGUUGAGGGCAUACUUGACUUCCGGUGAGUUUCAGACAUUGCAGCAAAUGUUGGGUGAGUUGGGAAUGGCGUCCUUCCCGACUGACGAAACUUUGCUGCGGGAAAACCAGUUGCAGAACCGGGAGGACGCCUAUAAAAAGAUGAGAUUGGGUGCACUACACACGGCUGAGAUGGGUUGGGAUAAGUACUUCGCAAAUGAGGACAAAUUGAGGGAACGGUUGAGAGGCAACCACAACGACCCCAACGAUACGCGCCUCCAAACAGAUGCGGAGAUUCAGGGAAUGUUUGUCUACAACUUCCAGCAGUGCUAUCGGCUGCACAUGUAUGCGCUCGGCCUAAGGUGUCAGCAAUUCCUGACAAACGCUCCGCAGGUAGUGAUAAACGCUUUGAGAAAACGAUUCUUCGCAUACUUGGCCGCUGUGGACGGGUAUCAACGCGACUCCAGCCCCAUAAACAGGGCGGCACUCGUGGGGGCGCUGUUGGAUCGUCGCCGAUGGUUACGAGAGUUACAGGGGUUUGGCGUCAAUGAACGACAAGGGGUACUACUUGUCAACUAUAAUCACUAUCCCCAGCGACCUUUGGAUAAAAGGGAACUGGAUGAAAGUGAUGCAAUUUAUAAAGGUUAUAGCGAUACAAAAAGGGCUACUCUGGGGCUGUUCUACCGGCGCCUCAUUAAGCUUAAGGCAGAUCAUGAGCCCAAUGGCGACAAAGAGCUCGAGAAACGACUCUAUAAUCUGUCGGCCGUCAGAAUACGACANUACAACUGUAUUUAUUGUAUUGGUACUGAGGUUAUAGUGUAUUGGUUGGACAAAUGA